AUGGUUGGCCAGGACUUCUACUAUCUCUGUCGACACCCGAAUGUCUUCAGAGUCCCGACGCGAGACGAGCCACUCCUUACGCAUGCGUUGCCUCUCGAGAUUCUCGAUCCUCCUGAGGCCGCGCCCUUCUCCAAGCGUCGCCCUGCCCAGUGGAUGUCUGUAUGUCGUCCGCCUUCUUCGUCUCCACAUCAGGGCCUCUCGUUUCGAGUGACCAGCCUCGCAUUCCACCCGACAGAGGACUUAUUUGCUCUCGCGCUUGCAGUGACAGCUGCCCCUCCGUCUCCUUCCCCGUCCUCCAGUCCCUCCCCCGUCUUUUCUUCCUGCUCGUCUUCCCAUGGCACGAUACCCAGGGGACGGCGAGGAAGUGAUCGGAUGCACCCGACACAGGAGGGUCCGGAGGCGCGACAAACGCGGGUCGUGAGGGAAGGCGACUAUGCGACGUCCAACGAAGGCGACUGCGACGAAGUGGACAGAGAGCUCCGUGGUGAACGGAAGGAAGAAGCAUCCCAGAGGGACAUGGAGGACCUCGCGGCUCUUCAGUCGGCGCCGUCGCCGGUGCCGGCAACUGAAGGUGGCAUGACGCUGGCAUCCGCACCCCCCACUGGAGAUGAAAGCGACAAGGAUGGCCACCCAAGCCUUUCCGCGUCAACACACCCUUUGCCUCCUCCAUCGGGGUCGUGUGAGUCAGGAUCGCCCUUCAACUCGGCCCAAGGGGAUUCGCCGCCUCAAUCGGAUCCUCCCACCCCCUCGACCUCUCCUGUUGCUCCACGCGCAUACUCUCCGUCCUCUUGUUCCUCUUCUUCCUCCUCUAGUUCCUCUCAGGGCUCCUCUUCCUCUUGUUCCCCGUCUUGUCCCGCUUCUUCCUAUUCUUCUCGCGCGGCCGUGGCUCCUGCUGGCCUUCUUUGCUACUCUGUGAUUGUGCUCGGCGACACAGUGACUCGGGCGCCGAUCACGUCGUGGCGGGUACCUGCGGUUGGGCAGCUCGAGAGGGAAGCAGCGAGCGGGGAAGAGGCCGACAGAGACAGACGGCAAACAGGUAUGAAGAGGACAGAGAGAAGAGAGAGAAGAUGCAAGACACGCGAGGCUGAGUCUGGCGUCAGGUACCUUUCGUUCACGUCAGACGGAAACCACCUCGUGGUCAUGGAGGACAAGAGAGACGUCCUUUUCCUCUUUCGUCUUCCGGCGCCAUUUCUGCUUCUCCACCCGUCCCAAGGCAUUCUGGCCUUGCGCAGAAGGAAACGAAGUGCACGCCGAAACGCGGCUGCAAAGAAGCUCCGCCGUGAUGCCCUCGAUGGGGAAAGACAAAGGUUGCAGGUAAAUGAGGACAAGAAAGAGAGUGAAGACGACGCGGCCGAAAGCGAAGAAUGCGGGGACGAAAGUGGAACAGACUGCGACGAGGACAGGUUCCAGGCCCGGUUGGUGCUGGCGCUUCGUUUGACGGAGACGGAGCGUAGAGAUGACGAGACAGCCGCGGAGGCAGCAGCCACCGCAGGACCGUCUCAGCUGGGUCUUUCCUGGCUGUUCCCCUUCUUUCUGUCUCGUGAAAAGACCCACCCCCCGUCCGUGGCCACGACACUCGAACGAGGCCUUGAACUGAAGGCUGAGACACAAGAGAAGAGCGAGGGAGCGGCUAUCGCAUCGGCGGGCGCUUCUGCCUCAUCGCCGCCGCAUCCCUAUGGUGCUUCCGAUCUCCAUCCUUCGGUGGAUCCCCUUUCGACGCCCGCGUCUGGCUCGGCCUCUGAGCUCUUGCGGGGGCUAAAUGGAAGCGAGAAGAAGACCGAUGCCCUCCUCUCUCUGCGCGCUUCAGAGAACAAAGACAGGGUGGAUCCUCUGACGAGCGAGGCAGCCGAAACGAAGAGACGAGAGGAGCCGGGAAAGACCGAUGGCGAGCGCAGCCGAGGAGGCGGCAUGGCCACGGUAAACGACGAAGCUCAGAAGCACACAGUGACGGGGGAGCAGGAUGACAGAGAGAAAGCGAAAGCGACAGGAGGCCCAGGAGGCGAAAUCGACACCGUCUUAGACACGGAAAAGGACAACGCACGUGGCGAGAAUGGUUUGCACUGUCUGAGCGACGAAUUACAAGCAAAGUCCGAUCGCAACCCUAGGCGCCCGCUGGGACUGUUUCUUCAGGUGCUCUGGGUGGGGAGCGGAAGAGCGCAUCGGUCUGUUCCGAGAACGACAGAAGACUCCGAUGACGGAGAACACAGACGAUCCAGAGACGGAGCUGCAAGAGAGGCUAAAAGAGAAGGUGGCGGCCCCGAGUGCCCUGCUGUCUCGCCGUCUUCAAUCUCUGAAGCUUCGAUGGCGUGUACGCCUUCUCCGCCCUUUUGUCCAGGGCUCACGGUGCUCCUCGCGGCGGCUCCAGCGAAAGGGACGCCUCUGCUGGUCCUCCUUUGCUCGCGUUGUGGCUUUUUGCGCCACGCACAGGAAGGCACCGAGCCCACUUUUUCCGGCAGGAGCUUACGCCACAACUCGCGUUGUGUCCAGUCUCUCGCGCAUGCAGCGUCUGCCUCCCUGCCCACUUCGUCUCUCUCUGCUUCGAGGGAAAGGGCAGGUGACUCGGCGUCAGGCGACUCAGCUGAGGAGUCGGAAGCGAAGACACUUGAGACCAUUCCUGUCUCCGCGCUUCUCGUCGUGCAGCCUCCGACCACACAGGCGGAUUUCUGCUCGUUUGUCUCUGCUCCUGGGUCUUUGCCGUUCUCGACGGUCUCCUCGGCGCCGCUCGCCAGGGCCUCCGGAUCGCCUGGCCCGGCUGGUCAUUUAGCCACCUGGGCUUCGUUGGCCUCUGCGCCCUUCGAGCUGCUGGCGUGGCCUGCGCGUCUCGGCCGAAGUCUCUUCGACUCGUCUCCGCUUGCGCUGGAGCUGAAGCAAAACGCAGCGGCCAGUCGCGUCGCGUUCCGAACUGUCCUUCACUGGGCUCGAGCGCUUCUCCACACACGGGCAUUGUUUCGCGCGUCUUCUCGCUCUUCUUCUCGCUCGCGACGUGACUGUUCGUCUGGGGCUGGCGGCGCGCCGCGUAUGGAUGGGGAGACCUCGGGGUGUGCAGACCGAAGUAGAGAAAAAGGACAGACUCAGAAGCUGUGCGAAAACUCUGGGAAGCGAGUGCAUAAACAGUCGCCUUCAGCGUCCCCCUCCCGGAAGGCGAAGCAGCUGUCGACUGAGGCGAGGCCACAGGCGGGUGGCGGCGCCAGGAGGCCUCUUGGGAGGAGCGACGAAGUGAGCGAAGAAAACGGCAACGCUACACAUCCUUCCGGGACUACUGAGGGGAUGCGGACCGACGGGAGAAUUCAGAAGAUGAAAAUCUCCACGCGUCGCGUGGGCGAAUUCUUUCGGGGCCUCUUGGCCCACGCCGCGGCCCCCGUCGGGCUGCCCUCCGUCCAGCUGGUGAAGGAAACUGUGGGGUCGGACCUUCUUCCGCUUUUUUCGGGUGCAUGCGCCACAGAGUUCGGAAGCGUCUUCCCCGUUCAAGUGCAGAAAUGGACGGCGAAACUGAGAGAGGAGAACGAAGCCCGAAAAGCGAAGGCGGCGGGCGCGCGGGGAGCAACGGAGCAAGCCUGGCAGGCGGCAGAUGGACACACGAAUUACGUGGAGGAUGGUCCUGCCUGCGACUGGUGGUAUCUUGCACAUACACUCGAGGACCAACUGUACAUCUGCAGCGCUCGAAACCACGUUGUCCUCGUGAAGCUCGACUUACUCAUGCGAUCUGUGUGUGACGCGUCUUCUUCUUCUCUCGCUCGCUCGCGUCUUCCGGCCUCGCCGAAGUUGGAGACUGGAGGUUCUUCCGGAGUGGAUGCCUUUGAGGGAGAUCGCAGGAGGUUGAGGGUAGGCCAGCGACGAGGUCUCGUUUGGGAGAUGCGGACGCUGAAUGAGAAGAAACAGCUUGUCUCUGAAAACAGAAUCGCCGUCAGCCACGACCGAAGAUGUGUAGCGAUUAUAACGUGGACAGGAGAUGCUCUGGCCGUUCUGGAACUCGACGCCGUCCCCGCCCUACACCCGUCUUCUUCCUCUCCCUUUUGUUCGCCUUCCGUUUCUCUGCCACACGGGCGCGUCUCGAGCCUGGCGUCCGCAGCCUGCGCGGGAGGAGCCGCAUCAGCUGCGCAGAGACAAGGAGAGGACGCAAACACGGGAGCACGAGAUGGUGGAAAGGCAGACGCUGGCAAGUUGCAGAGCGAAGAAGAGGAAGAAGAUGGAAGACGCACUGAGGUGUACAAAGGGCCUGCGGUUCGAAUUCGGAGACAAAACUGGCUGCCGCUCUUCAGAGGCACCUCCGUCGCAUUCACAGACGAGAGAGCGUUUGGCCGGCAGCUCGUUGUGGCGCAGGAACCGAAGCUGGGCGGCCGCGUUUUCGUGUUGGACUGGGAUUCGCUUUUCUUCCAGCCGUCCCCGCUUCAGCCGCUUCCUCCUUCAUCGUCGUUUCCCUCUCCGUGUCUCUCAUCUUCACCCACCCAGUCCACCUGGUGUUCGUGUUCUCCCGGUUCUCCGGUUUCUUCUACCUGCAGGUGUGCUGGUUCUGCCUCUUGUUCUGCUUGUGCUCUCUCUUGUUCGUCUUCGUGGUCUCUCGCUUGUUCUUCCGGUUCCUCUGCUGCGCUGCGUGCUUCUUGUGGAGCCUCGAGAGGGCUCGCGGGGACGAGGAGACAGGAGGCAGAAACUCAGAAGGUGGGGUCGCGUUCGAAGAAGGCGCGGAGACGCGCCGGAGUGGACCACAAAGGCGAGGCUGCACGACGGCUCGCUCUUCUCGCCGCCCACCCUGCGACGCUGGCCAUCUUGGACACACCUGAGAGCCGGGGCGUCAGCGAGGUCGUUGCCGUGCGCCGCCACAGCGCCUUCUGCUGCCUCCUCGCCCCCUCCUCCUCUCGCCGCCAGACCUCCCAGUGCCUCGCUUCUUCUUGUUCUUCGUUGCCUUUGUCUGCCUCCUCUUCUGCUUCGGCGGUGUCGUCGUCUUCGCCGUUUUCUCUCGGGGCGUCUUCUGCGAGUCGCCCGGAAAGAGAGACUGUUCCUGGAGGGUGUGGACGAACCGACGACUGUCUGCUUUUCCGGGUGGAGAGGGGACAGUGUGCCGCAGUUCCGGUCGUUUGGCAGUUCGACAUUUUUCAGCAGCUCCUGAGUUUCCACGAGAAGCACGAACUUCGAGGCGAAGACCUCGAUGGAGCGACGGCCUUCUUCUUCAGGCAUUUCGCUCGUGAGGUUUGCCACACCAGUUGGCUGAAGGCUGAAGACGCGUUGCUCCGCAGUCGCACACACUUUGUCCUUUCCCUCCCAGGCGCGUCUUCGUCCUCUUCUUCGCCUGAGGCUUCUGCGCUCUCGGCGCGAGGACUGGAGAAGGACGCGCAUGCACUCAAGUCGACGCAGCGACCUCUCCCUGUGCUGCUGCCGAUUUGCGCCCCCCUCCUCUUGGCGCCUCAUUUCUCGACGCCUCACUCGCCUGUCUCACGGGUCUCCUGGCUCGCCGCCAGAGGACCUCUGGAGACGGCGGGCGCGAGAGGAUGUUUGCGUCGGUGGGAGCAUCUUUUCUGGGAGAGACCAAGAGAGAGCGCAUGCGGACGGCGCCUGCGAGGAAAGCGCGACAGGGAAGGCACCUGGCGAGGAAGGGGAGAAAGUGAUGUAGACGCGGUAGAGAAGGAGCCUGAGAAGGGAGGGGAAAAGGAAGCAAACGGAGGAGGAGAGACAGUUCAGAGAGACAAAGAGGAAAUCAAACAUCAGAGCGUGCAGGUGAUGAGCGAGGAUGAAAACGUCACGCGAGAAACACAACAGAUACAAACGAUGGAAGAAGAAGAGGAAACAGAUGGAACCUGCACUCUCGACCCAGCUAGCGCGAGUCUCGAAGAACUGAUCUCCGCCCUCUCUCAGACGCCAGAAACACAACACGAGGCCGCUUCGUCUCGUCUCUCUUUUGCGACCCCUAGCUCAUCUCUGGGCUCUGUUCUCCCUUCUACAUCGUCAUUGUCGCCUACUUGUGCGUCUGCUUCUUCUCCGCAAUCGUCUUUGUGUACGCAAUCGCAUUCGUCUUCUGCGACAUCUUCUGCGUCAUCUUCGUCUGGGAUGAGAAGGAAGCGACAGCCUUCAUUUUCACGGGAGAGUCUCGUCGCAUGUUGUGAGGCGAAGCGUUGCAGACAGCGGGGGGAAAGGCGCUGUCGCGGAAGAGAAGAUGGAGAAGAAGCAAAGUCCAGCGAAAUUCGCGUCCGUCGCCUGGGACCUCCUUUCUUGGAUUUCUGGCUGCUGCAAGUCGCGACCGCCUCCGAGGAGGCGCUGUGAGGCAACAUCGUCCGUUCAUCCUUUCUUUCCUCUGUCGUGAAAAGCCUCCCAUUCGCGUGCUUCCCUUUGUACAGUUUCGAAUUCACUGUAUGGCAAACACGAACCUCGCGUGAUUAAGUAGGUCCUUUUGGUCGACUCGACGUCACCAGAUCCGAAAGCCUGUCAUGUGUAAUCGACACUUGACCGCCUCUCUUCGAUAUCCAAAAGACUCGCAUGCAUCGCAAGUUCGGUGGGUGUGCCGUUCCCCGCCGCGACGAACAGAGAAGAACGGCUCACCCCGUCCAGGCGACGAGGAGACGAACUGGGCAGAAAGGCCAACUUGAGAAGAAGCCGCCCGGAUUGAGACAGAAUGACAAAAAGUCCAACGAUCUGCAUGCGAGAGGACAGCUGCAUGCAAGGCGCACGAGCCAAGGAAGGCUGAAGCUUACAAGGGAAAGCGAACAAGCCGAAGUCAAAGGAAGAAUGGUAAAAAGAGAAACGAGACGACAUGAACGGAGAGGCGGCGAGCCCACAUGCGGAACGAGUGUAGGGGCGCGAGGUGAAAGGGAAGAUGAAGAGAAGGAAGCAGACGAGGAAAGGGAAGCAUCAAUGUAAGAUGAGCGUGUGCGUAUGCGUGCAGGGUAGAGAGCAAAUCUGGUGGAUGUUCGUAUGAUCUUUGUCCGCGUGGUGAGUGUAGGGAAUGGCGGUCGAGGCUAUGAAUGGCAGCCAACAAAUGUGCGACUUCAGGGCCCUGGAGGCUCAAAGAGUAUCGAGGAAAGCGAACGAUUUCAGAGCGCGUUGCCGCGAGCGCUCGCUGAGAGAACAGGUAAAGUUCAUCUGCGUGCUGCAGGUCCUUCCUAGUCUGCC